AUGCUGGAGUCGACCUGCAGGGCCUUCUUCGACCUGCAAGGAGUCCAGCUCCGUCCCGCCCCGGAUGCAGUCAUGACGACCCAUGAGGCUCGAGUGGUGGAGAGCGCACCGGAACGGUCCGAGGAUACCAUGGAGCCGGCGGCACAGAACAGAUCCGAAGCGGUAGAGGGACAGAGAGACGUCGAACAGGCAGAGGAGCAGUGGAGGAAGGCGGCUGAUGAUAAGCGGAUGGCCGAAGCAGAAGCCAAGAGGAGACGGGCUGAAGAGAGGCAACGGCGCCGUGAUGGCGACACCGAUCCUAUCGUCUCUUUCCCGGGAACAGGAGACAUACGUCAAGCAUGGGAGCGUGGGGCACGAGCCGCUGCAAGGGCACACGUGGGAGUGGCAGGAGAGGAGCUCGCCAGCAAUGUGCGGCAGCAUAUCGAGGAGGAUAGGGGAUACGUGAAAGUUCGCUUGCCCAGCGUAAAGCGGAAGGCGGCUGAAGAGGCCCGGAGAGGGGACGUCGACGUGCUAGAGAAUUCGGGAGAGGCGAAAAAGAAGGCGCAGAGCAACGCGAGUGCAAAGGCUCAUAAGAUGGCGGAGGUAGAGGCGCACCAGAAAGCAGAGGAUGCGGCCCAUCGGUUCGUCGAUGCAGAGGCGGCACUUACGGCAGAGGACGGGGCGCCAAAGGAAGCAGAGGCUGCGGCGCAGCAGAAGGUGGGUGCAGAGGCGGUCAAGAGUGCGGAGGCAGUCGUGCGUAAAGAAGCGGGUGCAGCAGCAGAGCUGACGUCGGAGGCAGUCGAGCUGCAGGUGGUGGAGGCACUGGCGCAGAAGGAAUCAGAGGCAACGGCGAGCCAGAAGGAUGAGGCAGUGGCGCAGCAGAAUGAUGAGGCAGACGCACAUAAGGAAUCAGCGGCAGCAGCGCAGCAGAAGGAUGAGGGUGCGGCGCCCAGGAUGGUUGAGGCAGAGGCGCAGAAGGAAUCAGAGGCAGCGGCGCAGCAGAAGGAGGAGGGUGCAGCGCCGAAGAUGGUUGAGGCAGAGGCGCAGAAGGAAUCAGAGGCAGCGGCGAGCCAGAAGGAUAAGGCAGCGGCGCUGCAUAUGGAGGAGGCAGACGCACAUAAGGAAUCAGAGGCAGCAACGCAGCAGAAGGAUGACAGAGCGGCGCCCAGGAUGGUUGAGGCAGAGGCGCACAAGGAAUCAGAGGCAGCGGCGCAGUAG